AUGCCGCUACUGCGGUGGCACUGCCUAUGCUGGCGAGGUAGUCUUUCUGCGUACAACGCAGUCACCACUGUUACUCGGCCAUUCUCGCGCUCACCACUCUCGCACGCGCGCCCGCGGUCACACAAGCGCCAUCAGCAAGCGGAGAGAAGUCGCACGGCGCCCCACCCUAACAAGAAACGCGUAUCGCCACCUCAGUCAUCUGGAACGCACGGCAUCCUCAAUUCUCAACCUCACACCGGCUCCCAACGAUUCUCGUCCGCCCCGUCGCUGUCUUCCUCACUAACGAUGGCUGUGGGUGAAGUGUGCGGUGUCGUCGCCUCGCCCAGCAUCUCGUGCAGUACAGAGGAGAAGGAGAGAGAGCUUCUGCGCUACUUUGGCCGUGGUCGUUGUCUUUACGACACAGUUCCACUGCAGAGCGCGUCCUUUGCCCUCCAGCGCGCGUCUUGCAUGCACGCGCAGCGUGUCCCGCUUGCCACCCUCUUUCCUGCCAUGCCUCGACUCGAAGGAUCAGCAUCGCUUUCGAUGCCCACUGCUGCAUCCCCCGCCACAGAGUCUCCCGCUCUCAUUGGAGUCCAGUCUUCCUCGUCACGCCUGGUGGGCAAGGCUGCCGCAACGGCGGAAAGCCCCGCGCUCGCCGCCCAGCCUACCGCAUCGCCUCCGCUGGCGCACUUUGCGCCAUCCAACCCCUUUGUGAAUUAUGAGCUGCAAGCGAGACACCAUCCGGACUGGCUGCAGUUCCGCCUUCUCAGCGCACGUUUUUCCAGCACAUCCGAUUCAAACAAGUCCUUCGGCGCGGCAGAGGUGCCGCUGCGGGACGUGUGCGCUGAUAUGGCAGAACUUUGGGGCACGGCGUGCACGACAUGGGAAGAGGCCAUGCGCACCUGCUGUGGCACCGCUGCAUGCAGUGCCGCGUGCUUUCCAAGUCACUACUCCGUCUGCUUUUUGGUUUGCUACGUGCAAACACAACAGAAGGCUGCCGUUGGCAUGUCGAUGCAGCGCAUCGCGGAGCAGGUGGGCGAGCUGGCUCGUGCCAAUUAUGCGCCGCAGCUGUUUCGGGUGGUUCCCAUUUUCAUUGGGAUGCGGACGCAGGUGGCGCUGAGCAUGGACACGACUACGUGUGAUUCACUGGCGGCCGAAGUGGAAGCGACCGUUGACGCUCAAACUACCGAUACAGUCACCUAUGCAACGGGCGGCUUGUACACCAUGGCGGAGACUGUUCAGUGCAUCACACGCCUUCACCCUCAUAUCUUUGAUCCGCGGGAGUCUGUGGACGUCGUGUCGCAUGCAGCGUCCCCUUGUGCCGCUUCAGAGGUGGUGUACAGAUUGGAGCCACAGGUUUUCCUGUUGUCAGACAGCUGGCUGCACGUGCGCAGCGUCGCCGACCUCUUCAGCGACAGCUCUGUCAUGGCCUACUCUGCAUCUGACAGUCCAGCAGGGUUUGCCACAGCAUCUCCCGCUUCUGGAUGGGGGCGGACUCGUCACGGCCAUAGGGUGGCGUCGUUUGUGCCGGAGUCGACACGACACCAUGUGCACGUUAUCCCCGCUGUGGUGACGGAUCGCCUGAGCCGGAGAGAGGAGCGCGCGAUCGCCCGCUACGUCUGGUGCAGCGUGCAACGUCAAGUCAGUGACCACCGCACCGCCGCGCCCUUGCAACCGCCCCAGCCUUCGCUCUAA